CUCAUAGCCGAGGGUCUGAGGGCUGCUGGGUGCUGGGCAGGAUUACUAAUUAUUUAUUAGCUGGUCCUUGCUGGGAGGAGGGCUCAGUGCCCAGCCUUUUUAGGGGAGUCCGUGGGGAACCUGUUGGCAGGUUGGGGAAAAGAAGGCAGGAGGAAUAAGUUGGCACAGAGAACAAGUGCAGCAAGCAGAACCGUUCACCAGCCUCCCAGGAAGGGCAUGGAUUAUGUGCAAAGGAGUAAAGGAAAAGAACUGAGUUUCCCACGUGCAGAGUGAGGAGAUAAGGGGGUGGGGUGCUUCAUGUGUUGGAAAUAAGUCCGCACUCUGUCGGUGUGACCCCCAGCCCCACUGAUGGAGGCCUCCAAGUACUACUGAGGAAAUUGAAGGAUUGCUGCACACACACACACACACACACACACACACACACACACACACACGUCUAAGGAUAAAGAAUAGUCACCGUUGCACUGUCCCUUCUCUAGAUCUGCAGGAAUGUCAUCCACAUGCUGGAGAAGGUUGGCCAUCUGACCUUCCCUUCUGCCCUAUUCACCCUAUUUCCACCUCCUUUCCUCCCUCCCUUCCUCCUUGUCUUUCUUUUUCUCUUACUGAUUCAAAGCAGGGUGAGACUGCCCUUUACCCUAGUGUGGAGUCCAGAGUCUUCAUUUCUUUCCUAACAAGUGAUUGGGGAGGGAAGGGAAAGCGGAGAGGGACACAGACAAUGCCAGUGACACAGGGAACACCACAUUUAAACCCCAGCUCCUCCUAGAGGUACAUCUAAAUAAAUCUUGGCUUAUUUCAUAGCUAUUUCUGGCAAGCUUCUAUUUUUUGCUUUGUUCACUAUGGAUUUAGACCUUUCAUCUCUCUACAACCCCAUCUUUCAGAACAAAUUCACCUCCACCCAUACCCCCCCCCACUCUGUUGCCUUGCUCCCAUUAACAGAGUUGUAAUAGAAUUUCAAGAAGGUGUGUGUAGAUUCUGUAGAAAAGCAGGAAGGAAUUAGUGGAAGGGAAGGAAAAGGGGUAGGAAUCUUAGACAUGAGAACGAGCUUCUGCUUCAGAUAAAAGAUAGAACGCAACGAGACUGUUGGCUUGAACUGUACAGGAGCCUUGGGAAUGCCACAGGUCAUGGAAAUUAGGUCAGGUCACUGCAGGAGACUUCAAGAAAUAGCCUGUUGGUUAGGUGGGGGAGUGUAUGAAUACGUGCAGACAUGUGUGAUUGGAAAUGCUAAGUCUAAGGGGAUUUUUAUGUCUCUGCAGUGUCUGAGCCAUGGAGACAGUGGAGGAACCAGUAGUAGGUUUUCCAUGAGGAGCCACCUUUCUCACUUGCUGCCGGAGCUAAUGGUCUUUCCCACUGGUAGAAUCAGGGACAUGCCGGCACUGUAAGGGCUAGUCUGGGGACCUUCUUACAACUGCCUCACAGCAGGGAAUAGGAGCGGGAUGAGUGGGCGCUCCGGCGGGGAUGUGGUCACUGCCGACCAGUGAGGGCGAGAGUGUCACAGCCCACUUCUUCCUCGGAGCUGGAGAUGAGGGGCUGGGCACCCGUGGAAUAGGCAUGAGGACAGAAGAAAGUGACAGCGAGCUCCUGGAGGAUGAGGAGGAUGAAGUGCCUCCCGAACCUCAGAUCAUCGUUGGCAUCUGUGCCAUGACCAAGAAAUCCAAGUCCAAGCCGAUGACCCAGAUCCUGGAGCGACUUUGCAGAUUUGACUAUCUGACUGUUAUCAUCCUGGGAGAAGAUGUGAUCCUCAAUGAGCCUGUGGAAAACUGGCCAUCCUGCCACUGCCUCAUUUCAUUCCACUCCAAAGGCUUUCCUCUGGACAAAGCUGUUGCUUACUCAAAGCUUCGGAACCCCUUUCUUAUCAAUGACCUGGCUAUGCAGUACUACAUCCAGGACAGGAGGGAGGUGUACCGGAUCCUGCAGGAAGAGGGUAUUGAUCUGCCUCGUUAUGCUGUGCUCAACCGUGACCCUGCCAAGCCUGAAGAGUGCAACUUGAUAGAAGGUGAAGACCAGGUAGAGGUAAACGGAGCUGUUUUUCCCAAGCCCUUUGUGGAGAAGCCAGUGAGUGCAGAGGACCACAAUGUUUAUAUCUACUACCCCAGCUCAGCUGGCGGAGGAAGCCAGCGCCUUUUCCGGAAGAUUGGCAGCCGGAGCAGCGUUUACUCACCUGAGAGCAGCGUCCGAAAGACAGGGUCCUACAUCUAUGAGGAGUUCAUGCCGACUGAUGGCACAGAUGUCAAGGUGUAUACGGUGGGGCCAGAUUACGCCCAUGCUGAAGCCAGAAAAUCUCCAGCUUUGGAUGGGAAGGUCGAACGAGACAGCGAAGGGAAAGAGAUUCGUUACCCAGUCAUGCUGACUGCCAUGGAAAAGCUGGUGGCCAGAAAAGUCUGCGUAGCUUUUAAGCAAACAGUUUGUGGAUUUGAUCUUCUUCGUGCCAAUGGUCACUCCUUUGUGUGUGAUGUCAAUGGCUUCAGUUUUGUAAAAAACUCCAUGAAAUACUAUGAUGACUGCGCCAAGAUUCUAGGGAACACCAUAAUGCGGGAGCUUGCCCCACAGUUCCAGAUCCCGUGGUCCAUUCCCACAGAGGCUGAGGACAUCCCUAUCGUCCCUACCACAUCUGGCACGAUGAUGGAACUUCGAUGUGUCAUUGCCAUUAUUCGUCAUGGAGAUCGCACCCCCAAGCAGAAGAUGAAGAUGGAAGUGACACACUCAAGGUUUUUCAUUUUAUUUGAAAAACAUGGUGGCUACAAGACAGGAAAAUUGAAACUAAAACGGCCAGAGCAGCUACAGGAGGUGCUGGACAUUACAAGGCUGCUGCUGGCUGAACUGGAGAAAGAACCCAGUGGUGAGAUCGAAGAAAAAACUGAGAAACUAGAGCAGCUGAAGUCUGUGCUGGAGAUGUAUGGCCACUUCUCAGGCAUCAACCGGAAGGUGCAGCUGACUUACUACCCUCAUGGGGUGAAAGCCUCCAGUGAAGGGCAAGAUUCCCAGGGAGAGGCUCUGGCCCCAUCUCUGCUGCUAGUGCUGAAGUGGGGUGGAGAACUGACUCCUGCUGGCCGAGUUCAGGCUGAGGAGCUGGGGCGAGCUUUUCGCUGCAUGUACCCUGGAGGACAGGGUGACUAUGCUGGCUUCCCUGGUUGUGGGCUGCUUCGUCUGCAUAGCACUUUCCGCCAUGAUCUCAAGAUCUAUGCUUCUGAUGAGGGUCGUGUCCAGAUGACAGCAGCUGCCUUUGCCAAGGGCCUUCUGGCACUAGAAGGGGAGCUGACACCCAUUUUGGUACAAAUGGUGAAGAGUGCCAACAUGAAUGGGCUCCUGGACAGUGAUGGAGAUUCCUUGAGCAGCUGCCAGCACCGCGUAAAGGCUCGUCUACACCAUAUUUUGCAGCAGGAUGCACCUUUUGGUCCUGAAGAUUAUGAUCAGCUGGCUCCCACUGGAAGCACUUCCUUACUCAACUCCAUGGCUGUCAUUCAGAAUCCUGUGAAGGUCUGUGAUCAGGUAUUUGCCCUGAUUGAAAACCUCACCCACCAGAUCCAGGAACGGAUGCAGGACCCCAAGUCUGCAGAUCUGCAGCUCUAUCACAGCGAGACCUUAGAGCUAAUGCUGCAGCGUUGGAGUAAGCUGGAGCGUGACUUCCGGCAGAAGAGUGGGCGCUAUGACAUCAGUAAAAUCCCUGACAUCUACGACUGUGUCAAGUAUGAUGUACAGCAUAACGGGAGCCUGGGACUUCAAGGCACAGCAGAGUUGCUGCAUCUCUCUAAGGCACUGGCUGAUGUGGUCAUUCCCCAGGAGUACGGGAUCAGUCGGGAAGAGAAACUGGAAAUUGCCGUGGGCUUCUGUCUUCCACUGUUGCGGAAGAUACUACUUGACCUGCAGAGAACCCACGAGGAUGAGUCUGUCAACAAGCUGCAUCCCUUGUACUCCCGAGGAGUGCUCUCCCCAGGCCGCCAUGUCCGAACAAGGCUCUAUUUCACCAGUGAAAGCCACGUCCACUCUCUACUCAGUGUCUUCCGUUAUGGGGGACUUCUUGAUGAGACCAAGGAUGCACAGUGGCAGCGAGCGUUGGCUUAUCUUAGUGCCAUCUCAGAGCUCAACUACAUGACCCAGAUUGUCAUCAUGCUUUAUGAGGACAACACAAGGGACCCCUUCUCAGAGGAGCGGUUCCAUGUGGAACUGCACUUCAGCCCCGGAGUGAAAGGUGUUGAGGAAGAAGGCACUGCCCCCACUGGCUAUGGAUUCCGUCCAGCCUCUUCUGAGAAUGAGAUGAAAACAGACCAGGGCAGCAUGGAGAACCUUUGUCCAGGGAAGCCACCAGAUGAGCCAGAUCGGGCACUACAGACCUCACCCCAACCCCCGGAGGGCUCUGGCCUCCCAAGGAGAUCACCCCUCAUUCGUAACAGAAAAGCUGGCUCCAUGGAGGUCAUGAACAUGCAGUGCACGGGGAGCCUGGACCUGAUCCCCUUGCGGGGACGGCGCCGCAGGAGGUCAGGAGACCUCCCCCGGCCAUCCCCAGCCAUCGGCCUACAGCCCCGGGCUGUGUCUACCACUCACCUGGCGUCCUGCACACAGGUGCUUUCUGAGACUUCAUCCUCGAGGCCUGGUGGCUACCGACUCUUCUCUUCGAGGGCCUCUACAGAAAUGAAGCAGAGCGGCUUAGGCUCACAGUGCACAGGGCUGUUCAGCACCACAGUGCUGGGUGGCUCUUCCAGCGCCCCGAAUCUCCAGGACUACGCCCGCAGCCAUGGCAAAAAGCUACCACCUGCCAGUCUGAAGCACCGAGAUGAGCUCUUGUUUGUCCCGGCCGUAAAACGAUUUUCUGUGUCGUUUGCAAAGCAUCCGACUAACGAACUGCUGGAUGACCAGCACCCUGUGGUCCAGUUGCUGCGCAGUUUUUCCUCUGACUGCUCAGGGGGCCGGCCGGUCUCCUUGGAUGCCACGCUGGCGCAUCACCUGCACCAGUGCUCCUACCACCUGCGCCUCUUCCGGAACUGGCUGCGCUCAGGCCAGGAUGACCCCGAGUGCCUCUACGGAUUUGAAGGGUGCUCCAUGGUGCCUACCAUUCAUCCCCUGGAAACACUGCAUAAUGCCCUUUCCCUGCGUCAAGUGAGUGAAUUUUUGAGUAAAGUCUGCCAGCGCCAUACUGAUGCCCAAGCACAGGCAUCUGCAGCCCUCUUUGACUCUAUGCACAGCAACCGGACCUCAGAGAACCAGUUUUCCCCACCCCGUGCUCUUCAUUCACCUAUUUUACAGCUGCGGCAGCGUUCUGAGAAGCCCCCCUGGUUCAGCAGUGGCCCUUCCAGUACUGUGUCCAGUGCUGGUCCUUCAUCUCCUACUGCAGCAGAUGGCAACUGCCACUUUGGCUUCAGUGAUCAACCUUCUGUAAGUUCAGAUGUGACUGAAGAACACCAAGGCCUUGAGCUGUUUCAGGAGACCCCAGGGAAUGCAGCACCAGUGCUCCCCAUAGAAGGAGAAAAAGAGCCAUUUGUAUCAAGUCUGCUCCUGUGGGAACCAUAUAUGGAGCCCAGCCAGUCAUGCCAGGACAUUCCUGAAGCUGUCAGCCACCCAUGCCAGGAGGUCCCUGGCAUUAGCCAGCCUGGCCUGAAGAACCAUGACAAUGUUAACCAGAUAUGUCAGAAAGUUCCUCAGCCACACCAUGAGGCCAGCCAGCUGUGCCAGAACAUCUUUGAGGAAACUCAUCAAUGUUGCCAGGAGAACCCUCAGGACAUCAGCCAGUCAUGCCAGGGGGUCUCUACAGCAGUUGGCAGAGUGGUCCCUGUUGGGGUCAGUGACUUAACCCAGGAAAUCCUUGUGGAAGUUGGCAAACUUAACCAAGAGAUCCCUGAGGAACUCAGCCAGUCAUGCCAGGAGUUCUCUGUGGAAGUUGGCAGGCUGGCCCAAGAGGCUUCUGCAAUCAAUCUGUUGUCUCGAGACAUCCCCGAGGUUGAAAGAUCAUCACAAGAGUUUCCUGUGGAGGGUGAUCUGCAGAUCCAGGAGGCCCCGGAAGAGGUCCAUCAGGUUCCCUGGGUGGUACCUGAAGCAGCUGGCCAGUUGCCUGAAGAGGAUGUUUCCCAAGCCAAGUGUCUAUCGAGUGAUACAGACCCUCAGAGCCAGUCUCUAGCCUGUGACCAGCACUCACCCUUUCCACCAGCCUCAUAUGAUUAACCAUUUCUCAUUAGUGGUGUCACACUAUACCAGCCAUGCAAGCUCGCAACUCUGCCUGUUGGCUAACUCACCUGCCAGUGUAUGACCUUGGUCUCAUCAGAGGCGCCUGAGGAAGCAAGUCCUCGUGGCAUGAAGCAUGCCAGUGUUGGGAGCAGAACCUGAGGGAGAGGCAGUUUCUUAUUCUAAGCAGCCACUUACGCCUCACCAUUAGACUUAAUAGGAUUUCCUUCAAGGGUGGGCUGGUCUGUCAUUUCCAGCCUCUUCAGAGAAUCCCAGGAAAUCCCAGAUUGUUAAAGAAAAUGUUAAAGAAAAUGUCACUAAACUGCUGAAGACACUAUCUAGGGACAGGGGAUUGAUUGCAAAAUGGGACUCAAGGUCUCUACUUUCCUGGGGGAUUCACAACUUCUCAAGAUACCCUUAGACCAUAUGUGCAUUCAGGGGGACUUCUGUCUUGGCUAGAAAGAACUCCUCAAAUGGACCCAGGAUGGCUAUCUAAAAUGUCUGGGGGGUGGGAAGAGAGAGAGAGUCCCCUUUCUAAGCAAACGUCCAUUAUGCCCAGUAAUCUUCAGCUUGGGCACAUGUGUGUUUUCAUAUCAUCCCCAGGUGCCCACUCUGCCCCAGUCUUAUUCCUCUGGGCGAUAGCUCUAGGGGGAAACAGGUAAUAGAUUCCAGUGACAGUUUCAAUUCAUUACUUAAAAAUUCUUUAGGGGGUUCUUGGCCAAUCUAUGAAACUAGGUCCCCUUUUAUUGUUGGACUAUUUGACUUAGAAGAUGUUGUAGUAGAGAGAAUCAGGUCUAUUUUAAGCAAUCAGCAAAGAUCAAUAAUGUACAGACGUGAGCAAAGAAUAUAUAUAUAUAUAUAUAUAAUUUCUGUAGUAGUACCAGGGUAUACUGGCUGAAGAUCAAAUACUCUGGAGGUUUGUCCUUGUAACAGUGUGUCUUUAGGGCCAAGUGUGAUUAUGAAGCUUUUCCCAAAGAUCUGGGGAUGGGAGUGGAGGGGGAGGGG